AUGUAUGAACCAGCCUUAUGCAAUUGCGAUGCAUCAGCCUCCGCCAACGCAGCAGCAGAAGCAGAAGCAGCCGCGAACGCCGCUGCUGCCGAAGAAGAAAAUCGAAUUGAAAUUCCAGAGACUUUACCUGCAGCACCCAAGGAACUCACCGAGAAAAUCAACAAGAAUUUACUAGAAGAUCGAGUUCUGAUUGUGGCGACAGCAAACUAUGGCAUGCGUAACCACGUCUACAACUGGAUAGAGUCGUUAAGACUGACGGGCGAAGAAAAGUUUCUGAUUUUCUGCUUUGAUCAGAAGCUUCUUGAGCAUUUAACUUUGGCUGGUUAUGGGGAUCGAGCUUCGUUAAUCCCUGAAGUAUGGUUCCACCAGCAAGUAGAAGCUGAUUUUAAAACUUAUUUCAGUCAAGAGUACAGAGUGAUUACUCAUUCCAAGACACUCGUCGUGCAACAGCUGUUAUACCUUGAUAUUAAUGUGUUCUUUUCGGACGUGGAUAUAGUUUGGCUCAGACCCCGUCUUGUGGAAUAUGUGAACACAUUUUUACAAAUACGACCAGAAACACAUGUCUUAUUCCAGCAAGAAGGGCUCAACCAACAGGAAAUCAAUUCGGGUUUUUACCUUAUGCGCCCAACCACCGAGAUGAAGCGAUUGCUAGCAGAAACCAUUCAUAUCCAAGAUACCGUUGAAGGAAAGACGCAACAAGGUUCCAUGAAUUCUGCUUUGAAUAAUCUUAAUAUGGACCUCCGAACAACAUCUGUUGUUUUAUUGGAUGUGUUGCACUUUCCCAACGGAUUUGUUUAUUAUAAUCAUGAUUUGCCCAACAAGCAUGGCAUAAAGCCGUUUAUAGUGCAUGCAAACUAUCUGGUUGGUGAAGAAAAGAAGCAGAAAUUAAAGGAAAGUAAUUUCUGGUAUAUUAAAGAUUCCUGGCUGAACAAGAUGGAUGCUAAAUUAGAAAGAGAGCUUGCCAAAAAGGGAGCUAAAAAAGCGCAGAAAACAACUAUUCCCGAAAAGCAGAAGAAGGCUGCUGCUUAA